AUGCAUUCCAAUCAUUCUUCAGUUCCUCCUCAAGAGGUAACAGGAACAACUCAAUUGCCUUUAUCACGUAUCAAGAAGAUCAUCGGGACUGAUCAAGACAUAAACAUGUGUUCCAACAAUGCCGCAUUUGUUAUUACUUUAGCCACCGAAAUGUUCAUUCAAUACAUGGCCGAAUCAGGCCACAACGUUGUCAAGUCUGAACGUAAACCUCGUCGUAACAUUCAAUAUCGUGAUCUUUCCUCCGCCGUCUCCCACAUCGACAACCUCGAAUUUCUCAGCGACAUCAUCCCCAAGACCGUCCCCCUCAAACUUGUCAAAGCCAACGCCCACCUGGCCAACAACCUCGCAAAAGCCAAAUCCACCGCCUCUCCCACCAACCCUCCCUUUCCCCAACCCUCCACCUCACAACCCGGUCCCUCAGCCGCAACCGCAAACCCCAACUCCUUCCCUCAAUCCCCCCUCCUCGACACAGCUCCUCCCCGCGUUACCGUCUCCGGUCUGUUAGAAGACUCCGCAUCCGCGUCCGCAUCUACUUCCACACCAGCUCUCAACCAAAUCCAACCCCAAAUCCAACCCCAACCCCAACCCACAUCUCAACCCACAUCUCAACCCCAAACUCAAAAUAACUCCCCCACCCAAACCACCACCGCUGCUGCCACGACCCCCGCCCACCCCAUCACCAUUCCCAAUGGCUUUACCCCCACCAAUGGCUUCACCCCCGCCAACAAACCCCAAAAACAGCAAGAACAGCGAAGAGUCAGCACCGCCACCGAAGACGAAGACCCCAAUGCGCAAUUGCGCAUGGAGAGUCAGGCGAACAGCGACGAUCAUGAUGAGGAAGAUGAUGAUGUCGAGAUGAGUUAG